AUGGCAAGUAAAGAAGUAGUUAAAAGCAAAAGUCAUGGUAGUUCAGCUUUAGUAGUUUCUGAUCAAGAACAAGAUUUGGCUCAAUCAGCUUUAUCAGAUUUUACAAAAGGCAAUUAUUCAGCUUGCUUAACAAGCUUGGCAAAACUAGAAGCAACUUGGACUCAUGAUUCUAAAGUAGCUCACAAUAAAGCUGUUGCAGAAUAUUAUAAAUCUAGUUUAAAAAAAACCGAUCAAUUUAGAAAAAAUUUAGCAAACUUAAGAUCUCAACCUAUAUGGAAUGGUGACGAUGUUGUUAGACUUGAUGAUGUAGAGCAGUGUUUUUUAUAUUAUAAUCAUGCUGUGUUAUUAUUUCACCUUAAACAAUACAAUCUUGCUUUAAAAGUAAUAAAAGAAGUUUUCACAUUUAUCGAACCAAUGGAGGAAAGUUUAGCUCACAAAGUGUGUUUACUGCUAGUAGAAUUAUUAUUAUGUAUGAGGCAAGUUGAUACUGCUUUAGAUUAUAUCAGUUACAUUACUAGUCAAUUUGCAUCAACUAAAAAUAUUCAGGUGCUUGAGAAGGAACCUGCCGAGAAAAAACCUAUAGUUUUCGAUGCAGCAACUGAUGCUUUUAGGCUAAAGUUAUUACAAUGUCAAACUAGGUGUUAUCUAAUGAAUAAAUGUUUAAAAGGAAGUAAAAAGGAACUGAAAACUAUAAUGACAACAGGUGGCAAUAAUGUAGCUUCAGUAUUUUUAAAGGCUAAUCUAGAGUAUUUAAAAAAAAAUUAUACGAAAUCCAUUAAGGUAUUAAAUUCAAUAUUAAAUCACACUUUACCCAAUUUUAAGGACACUGGGGAAUCGGUUAACAUAUUGUAUUACAACAAUAUGGCUUGUAUUCAUCAUUAUUUAAGAAAGCCAAACUUAGCUUGUUUUUAUUUGCAAAAAGCCAUUAAAGAAAAUGAAGAAGCUAUAAAAAGUUUCCCUAAACCUGAAAUCCCAGAGGAAUUAUCAAAUAGGCCUUUAUAUACUCUUAGUUCUAAUAAAUUAACUGAAUUAAUGUAUAAUUUAGGAGUAGCUUUGUUGUACGCUGGGAAACCUUCUCAAGCUUUUGAUUGUUUAACAGAGGCUGUUCAAGUUUAUCAUAUGAACCCUAGACUGUGGCUUAGAAUGGCUGAAUGCUGCAUAAUGGCACAUAAAUCUAAUAAUGAAGAAGAUUUUAAUAUUCACGUGAAAAAAAAUGAUUUAGUUCAAAAUGUAAUUGGAAGCGGUCAGCAUAGGAAAUUAGUUAUCGCCAAUAAAUUAUCUAAAGAUAUCCAUUACACAAAUGAGUAUCAAUCGUACGCCAUACCAGCUCCAACUUUAGAAUUUGCUUUUUUGUGUGUUAGAAAUGCUUUGCAUUUAUUGCCAACUAAUGAAAAAGGAGAAAUUCACAGCGGUCGAACAACACCCAUUCAAGAGCCUACAGCAGCAAGUUUAGAAAAUGCUUUUUAUGGAGCGCCUUCAAACCCCAUUGGUGAAACAGAAGUGAAAAAUUUAAGAUGUUCAGUACUUGCGGCGGCUGCUUAUGUAACUCUUUGUUUAGGUGAUCAUAUAAUAGCUUUAGAUUAUGCCCAAGAACUUUUACAACAAAAACCAUUAUCUGGAGUUCACAAAAUGUUAGGUCACUUAUAUGCAGCUGAAGCCUGUAUAUUUAUCGAUAAAAUAUCAGAAGCUCUGGAGCAUUUAAAUCCGGAAUUAAUAACCGAUUUGAGUGUUGGUCUGCCUGUACCUGUUGAGGAUUGCGUAGAAGAAAGUUCAAAACCAUUGAAAGAGUGGUAUCCAAAUAAUUUAUUGACUGCCAAAGCUUUAAUGCAGUAUCAUUUGGCUGUGGCUUUUGCAAUUAGAGGUCAAUAUGAAAAAUCAGGAGAAACGUUAAAGCAUGUCUGGAUGUUGAAAGGAAACUGUGACAUUCCCAUACAAGUUAUUAUGCUAGCAUUAUACAUUGAAUUGCAACUAGGACUAUCAUUAAACAGCAUUGUCCUCAUUUGA